AUGUCACGCGCACCUUCACGGACACAGAUCAAGCCAACACCAGGCCACAAACGCAAAGCAUCCUUCUUCACUUCUGGUCCUCAUACCAAGAACCCAGGCAGCUUGGACCGCAACGAUGACAAGCGAUGCAAAUUCUUUGUAUGGGCGGAUGAGCUGGAUAAGAACCAGACACCCACUACGCCCUCACGGCCCACCCCAUCUCGACCACCCCCGUCUCGACCCACCCCAUCUCGAGCCCCACUCUCCCAACCUUUACCCGAGAUCGAUUGGGAUCAGGUCGACACGGAUGAUCUCGAGCGACAAGCCAUUGCCAGUACCCCUGGGUCCUCGCAGCCUUCUCAAAGUAACUCUGGCACCCCAUUCCAGAACCGCCUGCAGGCCAUGGCCGAGGACACGCGCAAGCGGAAACGAGAAGACGAGGAAACGCCAAGACGAGAACGGCAGGAUAGACUGCUAAGCGCGGCGGAGAAAGCCAAGGAAGGGUUUAGAAAGACGAUCAACCAGCUCCAGGCGACAAUCAAGGAACGGGAUGCGACUAUUGAGGAGCUCAAAGGGAUGUUGCGAGACUUAGGUGGCGAUGUAUAG